UCUUUGGUUAGGAUCACCAAAAUAUAUAUCUUUCUGAAAUCUCAACGGAAAACCAAAAACUUAUUUUUGUUUAUUCCAAAAGAGUUUUGACCAACUUCCCUAUUGCCAAAUUUAUUAGAAAGAGUGAAGAAAAGGUAGAUUUUAAACGGUUCUGUUAAUUUUAGAGCAAAUGCUCAGACUGACACAGCACAAUUUGAAUAACCGUUGUCAACAAGUUCGUCAACAAGUAAGUACUUUGUUGAAUAAUUGGCACACCAGGAUACGAAGCACUUGGUCAUGUCAACUGUACCCAAGAGACGCCGACGCAAUCGUACGAACUCACCAUCGUCACAGCCAGUUCAUUACAUUGAUCUGACAGCAGAUUCUCCGAUGCAAUUAGCCGGACCAAUCCCUGGGCGAGCUAGUCAGUGGGUUGAAGAAAGUUGUAGUGAAGCAAGCAAUGGCGAUUCCCAUUCUUCUGAGGUUGGACUCAACAUUCCGUUCUUGGACACUAUUAUUAUUGAUUCAACCGAUCCAUCAACCGUCAUCAGGGAAGCUCCAGUACCACGACGUCUCGGCAGACCAAAAAGAUCACCAACUUCAAGGACUACAACAAUAGUUACAGAAGAAAAUUCUAUUAUCGACUUAGAUAAUACAAUUUCGGAUGAGGAUGCCAAUCAAUUAAUACCCCAAAUAAACGACUCGGUUGAGAGCUCUCCGACAGUUCUUACCUGUCCCGUCUGUUAUGAGGACCUUAGAGCAUCCCGUAAACCUAUGUCAACAAAGUGUGGACACAUAUUUUGUGAAGAGUGCCUAAUAGCUACCCUCGCUACUCAAAAAAAAUGCCCCAAGUGCAAAGGUUCAAUCACACGAAAAACCUGUCAUCGUAUUUAUUUUUAAUUUUGAUAAAGCAUACUAUUGACAUCUCGAAUUUCUUAACAAUGAUAUGAAUUUAAUUUUCAAUCGAAAUAUUACGCUAAUCACUUGAAAAUUAUAAGUCUGUAAUUUGCUUAUAGAUUAAAAUUGCGAUCCGAUUGCUAUUCCUAUGCACUA